AUGUCCGAAAAGUCGGCCAAAGAAGUGACCAAACGAUUGGAUUCAGAAGAAUAUGUGUUAAGAAAGCGAUUGCCAAACCAUUUGCCGAAACGAGACAUCGAUUUCUACGUUAAUAUGAGAACCAAUUUCGGGACUCAACUCAAGAGAUGUCAACACGCGUUGGAUUCGCUCGACUCGGACUCCGACCACAUUGUGGUCCACGGGUUGGCCAAAGCCAUCAAUCGGGCCAUCAAUUUGUCGCUUCAACUCAAAGACAUGAAUCAUUUAGAGAUGACGUGUAAUACCUCUUCAGUGGAUAUGAUCGACGAUAUGGAACCGAUCGGUGACUCUCGAGAUCUUAACGACUCCUUCAUACAGAAGAGGACAGUCUCUGCCAUUCAUAUCAAACUCAGUCGUAAACAACAUAUAAACACGUGA